AUGGCGGCCGGUGAAGCGCCAGACGACACCCGCACGGACUCAGAGAGCACCAUACAAGGGAAAGAGAACGAAGCCGCGAAAGAGUGCAGCUCGACACAAGUCAACAUCUCCGACGCCCAGCAGACCACCGACGCUCAAGGAACUAGCCCCAUGGACAAACAACGUUUUUCGGGGAAAAUGCGAACGAUUAGGCCGACAGACGUCCGACGUGUGCUGAGGGACAAGAGAUCCGACGCCGAUCUGGAGCUAUUCGAAAGUGACUGGACCACGGCCGUUGAAAUGUCCACCCGCUUCGACGAGCCAGUCAGCGACGAGCCACCGACGGGGUGGAUCUCAAACCCCGAAGCAAUGACAGGAAAGCCAAAGAAGCUGCGCAAAGGUGAAACGAGCAGCAUCCGGCUCGAUUUUGCCCCCUUCGGAACCGAAAGCCGCGACAGGAAUAUCCGGCUGCUAAAUCCAUACGCGAUCCGUCCGCGGGACCUUACGAGGCAUUUCGCAAGAGAAUCAGAGACCUGGAAAUGCUCGGCGCUCUUAAGACCAUACUGGGCAGGCCUUGGAGACACGUCGGUCCGGAAAGAUGUCCUGCAAGAGCUCAAACUCGGGGACGAGACGCUCGAGAAUCUGAGGCUUGGGAGGGAGCUCACGGAAGCUCCACACCGGCCGUUCACGAGAUACUUCCACUGCGAGCUUCAGCUGUUGCAUCUUUUGCAUGGCGAGGAACGUUCUGGCAGGACACCACACGAGUAUAUUGGCGUGAGCAAGCUUUCUUGCUACCUUUGCCAUUCAAUGCUCGCGAGGCCAGGCGGACUCAAAACUCCUUACCGCACCAAAGACGGACACUACCAGAUCUCGGCUAACUGCGCAUUCCCCUUCGACAUCACGCGCGGCUAUGGAUACAUCCUAGAAGCGCUAGUAGCAGCCCAAGCCUCCAUGCUCCAAUGCAUACUGCGGAAAGUAGUCCACAUCGACGCUGAAUACUCCAUAAAUACAGAAAUGGAACACACGCAACUUGGAAGCAUCUCGGCCUCUCUCGUUUCACGGUAUGCGCGAGCCAGCGCGCCACUGCUGCGUGUUGUCGCGGCACAGGGCGGUGAUUUUAUCACUGUGCAGGCAUUGAGGCUGGCGGCCAGCAGUGAAGAAUCACAAGAAGCGGUUAGGCUCAUGGACGCAACAACUGCCGAGCCACUUUCGUCCGACAGAAUAUUCCCCCGGCACCUGGUUCCCGAAUGCCUUCUCCGGGGCGGCUGGAGCGGCUGGAAAGCCACGGGGCUCAAAUUCAGCAGUGGCGGCCGGCCUCUUCGGUUCAUCAUCUACUAUCGCGAGAAGGGGAACGCUCCUCCGAACCGCGGGGCCUUCGCGGAAACAACCAGAGCGAGAAGGUACAGUAGCGAGGAGAUGCGGGGGAAAGAAAUAGACGAAUACUUCUUCCGCGGGGAUAUUUGGAUAUUCAGGGUGGACUUGGCUACUCCCGUCUAUCAACAUAUCUACCCUUCUGAUCACGCAAGGCGGAAUACGAGACCCAGAUGAAGAGUCACUUUGCUGGGUACUUGAGAACGAAGUAUGACACGUACUGGGAAAAGAAUGAGUUUAAGUUCCUAGAUUGGUCAUUGUAAAAUCCUCCCCUAUCGUCAAUAGUGCGCUCGGGGAAGCCUGGGAGUAGGCGCUGACUACAAAUCUUGAGCCUUGCGCUCAAGGAUCUUGGGUGAAACCUUUGCUCCUGCCGGGGACUAUGCUGGAAUAUGAUAGUAUGCGAGAGAGUGAGCAAGAUGUUCUUCUGUAGUGAUAUGAUCCGAAGACUAUUGACUUUUAGACCACAUGCCACUGCACCUUGACAAUCAGC